GCUGCCAAGAAGAAUAUAUCGGGCCCAUUGAAACACGGAACACACAGCAGCAGCAGCAGCAGCAGCAAAAGAUGUCGUCGUCGUCGUCGUCGUCGUCGUUGCCGCCGCCACCGCGAGAAAUCCCAAAGACCAUGAAGGCCGUCCAGGUGACGGCCUUCCACGAGCCGUACAGGCUCAACCCGUCGGCGCCUGCGCCGGACCCGGACGCCCUGGGGCCCGACGACCUGAUUGUCAAGAUUGCCGCCGCCUCGCACUGCCACACGGACGAGAUGGUGCGCGAGGGCGUGUUCGGCACCAGGCUGCCCUGCACGGGGUCUCACGAGGGCGCGGGCACCGUCGUGGCGGUGGGCAAGUCUUCCCGGUCCCGAAGAGGAGGAGGAGGUGGUGGAGGAGCAGUAGCAGGAGGAGGCUCAUCCGGAGCCGGGACCGGGGCCGGGGCCGAGACCACCGCCGCGGGAGGUCUCUCAUACUCCGCAGGAGGCGUAGGCACGCUCAACAUCUCCGACUCGGUCAACAACAUUGCCGCCAUCGACCCCAAUGCCCCCGGGGGUUCCUCGUUUGGCUGCAACAAGACCCUCGACAGCGGGAGCAACACGGCCUGCACCAACAUCUCCCACUCGCUCGGCGGCGGCGGCGGCGGCGGUGCGGCACACUCGGCUCCAGCACAACAUCACCACCACUCAUACACCGACGACACCUGGCAACAACAAGGGCCCAGCUUCCGCGUCGGCGACCGCGUCAUGUGCGGCCUCCCCUACCAGCCCUGCUCGGCGUGCCCGGACUGCACGGGCCCCGGGUCCGGCCGGCGGGACCAGUACUGCCCCAACAUCCGGGGCCACGUCGGGGUGCACCUGCCGGGCAACUUUGCCGAGUACGUCGUCGUGGACCGGCGCUCGACCACGCAUCUCCCGGACGCGAUCCGGUUCCAGACGGCCGCGCCGCUGGCCUGCGCGGGCCGCACGGUGUGGCGCGGCGUGAACGGCUGCGGGCUCACGCCGGGCUCGGGCGAGUGGCUCGCGAUCGUGGGGUCCGGGGGCGGGCUGGGCCACUUGGCCGUGCAGUUUGCGCGCAAGCUCGGGUAUAACGUCAUCGGGGUGGACGCGCGGGAUGAAGGCCUCGCCAUGACGAGGCGGUUCCGCGAGGACCAUCGCCCCCAGGGGGGUGGGCACGCGACGAAGCUGGUCGUGCUGGACGCGCGCGAGGGCAAAGAAGAGGUCGUCAAGCAGGUCCAGACCGUGACGGGCGGGCGGCGUGGUAGCAGCGGCGGCGGCGGCGGCAGCGGUGCUGGUGGCGCGGACGCGACGCUCGUGCUGUCCGACAGUCCCGGCGCGGCGGCGCUGGGGGCCGCCAUGACAAGGAUGCACGGCACCAUGGUGCAGAUUGCGCAGCCCGAGCAGGUCUGCGUGCCGUUCCAGGAGCUCGUGUUCCGCGACGUCCGCAUCCGCGGCAGCCUGCUGUGCUCGGCCGAGGAGAGCCGCGAGAUGCUCGAGUUCGUUGCCGAGCACGGCAUCGACGUCAGGGUCAACCUGUUUGAGGGCGGGCUCGGCGAGUACGAAAAGGUCAUGGAGCUCGUCAAGGGCGGCAAUAUGCAGGGCAAGGCCGUCAUCAUUGUCGAUCCUCAGCAGGUCAAGGACGAGGAGAAGCUGGGGGCAAAGUACUAGCUCGAGAGGGGAGGCCGCACAGCUGGUUGAUGCAGUAGUCGUUUGAUUCCUUCGAGAACAAAGUGAC